AUGGCUUCAUAUUCUCAGGCAAUAUGCAUCAAAUUGGCUUCCAAACAGUUUGCCGAAGAAGUCUUGAAAGCACAUAAUGACUACAGGAAGAAACACGGAGUCCCGCCAUUAAAGCUCUGCAAGAAGUUAAACAGAGGAGCCCAACAGUAUGCACAAGAACUGGCUACCACGAGGGUCCUCAAACACAGUUCCGAGUCUGCUAAUGGAAAAUGUGGAGAAAACCUAGCAUGGGCGUCCUAUGACCAACCAGGAAAGGAUGUGGCUGACAGAUGGUACAGUGAAAUAAAAAAUUACAGCUUUCAGAACCCAGGGUUUUCUUCUGGGACAGGUCACUUCACAGCAAUGGUUUGGAAGAACACAAAAAAGAUGGGAGUUGGAAAAGCAUCUGCUAGUGACGGCUCAACAUUUGUGGUGGCUAGAUAUGAUCCAGUUGGAAAUGUAGUAAAUCCAGGCUAUUAUGAAGAAAAUGUCCUCCCUCCAAGAAAAUAACUUUUUUUUAAAGGUUGUCCUAUUGCUUAAUGACAAGUGAACGUGGAUUUGGACUUAACCAUGUUUGAAAAGAAGUAUGAUUCAAUGAAAUGUCCUGUUCGAUACUGCCGUUCACU